UGUAGGCACGCGUACGUACUAGUACGCGGCCGGGUCUUGUUGGCUCAUUCAGAACUUGAGCUUCCACAAACCGCAAGUCGCAACGCACCAAGCGAACAACGCUGAAUGGUUUAUAGAUUUUAAUUAAAAUGGUGCAAAAAAAGAAGAAGUCGCAGAAAAAAUCGGAAGAAAUAGAGGAACCCAGAGUUUCAUAUUUCCAAAUCUUCCGUUACGCGAAAUGUGUGGAAGUACUGGCCACGAUCGUCGGGAUCAUAGCUGGAUUGCUGAGCGGUGGCGGCGUGUGCUACAACCUGGUGCAGUUUGGAGAGUUGAGCACCGCAUUUGUGGAGAGAACAGCUCAGCAGGAACAAUGCUCUAGUAGACUCCCCCUUACCUCAUUGUUCGGAGGUGGACGUCGGCUAUGCAACGCUUCAAAUGAAGAAAACAUGGCGGCACUGGUGGAAGAUGCAACUUCCAUGGCGAUAGGAAUGUUCAUCAGCAUCGCUGUGUCUCUAGUACUAUGCAUGAUUUCUGUAGGUCUCAUCAGCUGGAGCGCAUUAAGACAGAUCACCAGAAUCCGAAUAAUAUUCCUCGAAGCGGUUCUACGGCAAGAUAUGUCAUGGUUCGACACAGAUUCAGAAUUCAAUUUGGCCACCAAAAUGACCGAUAAUAUGGUGAAGCUGAAAGAGGGUAUGGGUGAAAAGUUGAGCGUAGUGGCGAACCUCAUUGGCACGGCGAUCAUAUGUUUAUGCCAAGCGUUCCCCAUGGGAUGGGAGCUCACUCUUGCCUGCGUCACAGUGGUACCCUUCUCCAUUACAGCGUCCGUUAUUUUGUCUAAGUAUCAAACCAGGUCAUCUAUACGCGAGCUUGAGUCUUACAGUCAAGCUGGUAAGCAAGCAGAAGAAGUUCUCAAAUCAAUAAAGACUGUAGUUGCUUUUGGAGGCGAAAGUAAAGAAGUCGACAGAUAUCGGCGUCUUCUGGAGCCAGCAGAACGUUACGGCAAGAAACGCGGGCUCUACACCGGUAUAGGGACUGGUUUCAAUUGGGUGUUGACGUAUUCCCUCAACGCAAUUGGUCUCACAUACGGCACGAGACUUGUCCUUCUCGAUAUGGAUAAGCCUACGGAUGAAAAGAAAUACCUUGUUGGAAUUUUAUUCAGUAUCCUUUUCAGCGUUUAUAUGGCAACCCAGUCGAUCACUUUCUGCGUGCCCCACGCAGAAGUAUUUGCUACGGCUCGUGGUGCUGCCGCGAGUAUAUUCAAACUGCUCGACAGAGAGCCUACUAUCGACUCGCUCAAUCGUACUGGAGUAUCACCAAGAAGAGUCUUAGGGGACAUCGCAUUAGAAGACGUUCACUUCAGUUAUCCCUCGCGACCUAAUGUGAAGGUGUUGCAAGGAUUUUCAAUACACAUCAAAUCUGGAGAAUGUGUCGCACUAGUAGGAGCGUCCGGUUGCGGCAAGUCUACUAUACUACAGUUACUGCAAAGGUUAUAUGACCCUCUAUCUGGUAGUGUCAAGUUGGAUGGUAGAAAUGUAAAGAAUUUGAAUUUGGGCUGGCUCAGAUCUUCCUUAGGUGUGGUAGGUCAAGAACCAGUGCUAUUCCGUGGAACCAUUCACGAGAAUAUUGCUAUUGGAAGCCCUGAAGCUACCCGAGAGGACGUGCAAAGGGUCGCCGAUAUGGCAUACGCACAUGAUUUUAUCACGCAUUUACGUAAUGGCUACGAUACAAUGAUAGGGGAGCGAGGAGCAUCGUUAUCUGGUGGUCAAAAACAGCGCAUAGCUAUUGCACGUUCCUUGCUACGGGAACCAGCAGUUCUCUUGUUAGACGAGGCAACCUCGGCUCUUGACCCACACUCAGAGCGCCAAGUGCAAGCUGCUUUAGACAGAGCGAGUGUGGGACGCACGACCUUAAUGGUUUCUCACAGGUUAUCCACUAUAGUAAACGCUGAUCGCAUAGUCUGUAUGGACCAAGGUGCGAUAGUAGAACAAGGGACCCAUGAAGAGUUGAUGAAAGCUAAAGGAUUCUAUUAUAAACUCGUAACUACUGGCAACGAAAAUAAGGAACCAGACGUAAUAGAAACUUUACCUGAAGAAGAGAACGACACUGGAGACGGAGGCGAAUUGACUUUUGUGUCGCGAGUCGAAGUUAAACGCAGAUCUACAAGAAGAUUAGCCAGACACCACUCUAUGAAGCGGGAGUCUCACGAUUGGAUGACACCGAGAGGCUCGAUCACUUCUGUGAUGUCUGCCGGCUUACAGAGUUUCGUGUAUAACACUGAAUAUGAUUCCGAUGACGAAAAAGAUGAUGACGAGGAAGUAAAACCAGUGAGUGAUUGGCAGCUCCUGAAGCUAAAUGCACCAGAAUGGCCUUUCAUAGUCAUAGGUUCCAUUGCAGCGUUCAUACAAGGCUCUUGUUUCCCGGUUUUCGCUUUACUGUUUGGAUAUACAUCUGGAAUAUUCAUUUUGGAAAAUCGAAACGACAUCAUAUAUAAGGCAGACUUUUAUUCUGGCAUGUUCCUCGUGGUGGCCGCAGUCGCUGGACUGAGUAUGUUUCUCCAAAGCACAACAUUUACAAAUGCUGGCCUAAAAAUGACUACAAGACUAAGACAACAGUACUUCUCAGCUUUGCUCAGACAAGAAAUCGGCUUUUUCGACAAAGAUUGUAACACAGUAGGAGCUAUGUGCGCUCGACUCAGUGGUGACGCAGCCGAAGUGCAGGGGGCGACCGGGCUACGAAUCGGUCUCAUUUUGCAGGGCACUAGUUCUGUCAUAGUUGGCUUCAUCAUGGCUGUAUGUUACAAUUGGAAGCUAACUCUGGUCGGCACUGCCUUUUUGCCUUUGAUGGUCGGAAGUAUAUGGCUAGAAGGAAUUGUUUCGCAAAAAUCGCAAGCAGACGAACGAGAUGCUAUGGAAUCGGCGACAUCGAUUGCUACAGAAGCUGUCGUUAGCAUCAAAACUGUUCAGAGCUUAGGCGUUGAAGAAAUAUUCCUUACAAAGUUCAAGGAAGCGCUGAUAGUUUCGUGCGCCGCUGUGGCAAAGAAGACCAGAUGGAGAGGUCUUGUGCUGGGAUUGGGUGUUUAUGUGCCGUUCUUGUCCUAUUGUAGCGCUACCGUGUACGGAGCGGUGCUUGUCGCUUACGAAGGACUUGAAUACAAAGUUGUACUGCUUGUUAACGAGGCUAUAAUGUACGGCGCAUACAUGUUGGGACAAUCAUUGGUGUACGCGCCGAGUUUUAACUCUGCCAAAGCUUGCGGAGCGAGGAUCCUGUCCAUCAUUCAGAGAGAGCCAAAAGUCAGAACUGAACCAGGUGUUAAAGAUAGAAAAGAAUGGUCUGCUACGGGUAACUUCAGCAUCAAGGACGUAGAGUUCAGUUAUCCAACGCGUCCAAACCAGCGAGUACUGCGAGGUAUAGACUUGAAAGUGGACGCUGGGAAGACAGUUGCCUUAGUUGGAUCCUCCGGAUGCGGCAAGUCUACUGUACUACAACUGAUGCAGAGGUUCUAUGAUCCCGACACGGGCAAUAUCGAACUGGAUAAUCGUGACACUCGCUCAACACUGACUCUUCCUCGUCUGCGGCGGCAGUUAGGCGUGGUCCAACAAGAACCAGUGUUAUUCGAUCGGACCAUUGCCGAUAAUAUAGCCUACGGAGAUAGCAAUCGGAAGGUCAGCACCCAUGAGAUCAUCGCCGCUGCUAAAGCUGCCAAUAUACAUAGCUUCAUCAUCUCCCUUCCCAAGGGUUACGAAACAAGCUUAGGGUCAAGCGGUGCCCAAUUGUCCGGGGGUCAGAAACAACGUGUUUGUAUAGCGAGAGCACUUAUAAGGUCACCACGUCUGCUACUUUUAGAUGAAGCUACUUCUGCGCUUGACGCCAACAGCGAAAGAGCUGUUUCAGAAGCUUUGGAAAAAGCGGCAAAGGGCAGAACAUGUAUAACAAUUGCCCAUCGUCUGUCUACUAUUAAAGAUGCAGAUUUAAUUUGCGUCAUAGACAAAGGAAAAAUUGUCGAGCAAGGCACGCACACUGAGCUAAUCAGUUUGAAAGGCUUCUACUGGCGUAUGAGCAAAGGACAAAACGUGGCAUAGAAUUAGUGUUUUAUUGAAAAAGUGUGCAAGCAUCAUUCGAAUAUUGCAGCAAGAAUUCCUCAAAUAUUUAUAUUUUUAUAUUCCUAGAUUAGAAAGAUCAAUUAAGAUUACUCAUUAGUACGAUUUACAAAACAUGUGUAAAUGUUGUUCGUUACGUAAAACACCUGUCUUAUUUGUUAACCGACUUCCAAAAAGGAGAAGGUUCUACGUACGGCUGUAUGUAUGUUUUUUUUUAAAUAAACUUAGUAAAAAACUUAGAUAUUAAAAAGUUCCUAGUUAUAAGGAGGCCCAAUCUGUCAACAUUCUCAACCUCAGAUUACCUUCUAUAGGACCUGCCUCGCUAGAGGUUACCCCUCUGUCAAAAAUAUAUUAUCAUGAUCAAACGUGUCCAUACAAACUUCAUCUAUAGAAUCGAUGUUUCACUGUGUUAAAGUUACACGUGUGUCUACGAUUACGAAUUUAGACAAUUAAAUGUAUAUAUACAUAUAGUUGUGUGUAGUGUAAGUUACCCCUCUGUUAAAAAUAUAUGAUCUUGAUCGACCGUGUCCAUACAAACUGCAUCUAUAGAAUCGAUGUUUCACUGUGUCAAAAUUACACGUGUGUCUACGAUUACAAAUUUUAAACAAAAAAAAUUUAUUUGUGUGUAGUGUAAGUUACCCCUCUGUGAAAAUAUAUGAUCAUGAUCAAACGUGUCCGUCCGUACAAACUGCAUCUAUAGAAUCAAUGUUUCACUGUGUUAAAAUUACACGUGUGUCUACGAUUACGAAUUUAAACAAUUUAAUUGAUAGGUGUGUGUAGUGCAAGGACACAGAAUUAUAUUUAUUGGUGUUAAAUGUCUUCGAUGUGUGAGUUUACCUCGUCCCCCUCAAAAAACGACAAACAAUUUUGUUGGUGAAUUUGAGUGCGAUACAAGUCCAAUAGAAGGUUGGUCUGAGUUCUCAAACGACUGAUGGGAGUCUUGUCAGAACAUCCAAACACUACGGUCUUGAGCUUACUCCUUUCAACUUACUCCCUUGAUGUCCCAAUUCAAAAUCCAAAAAUAUAUAUAGGUACUUCAUACAAGUAGGUAGUUAAAAACCAAAACAGCGGUUUUUAACAUGUUUGUUAAUCAAGAAAAUUAUCAAAAAACAUACGUGUUGUUUUGGUACUGAGUAAUAUUAAUAAUAAUAAUACAUAAAAAGUGAUUACUUUUACAUAUUAUGAUUAUAAUAUGUACGUACGUUAGUUCAU